UUUCGAACUACUUUUAAGUAUGGAACGCCGUUUGUAGCAGCGAAAACAGACACCCCUUUUUUCUUUCGCACCCCUCUUUGUCUCGUUGUCUGCUUUAGUCGUCUGCUAACCGUUGCCAGUAUCUCCCUUUUACUUAAUUUUCAUAUAUUUGUGAACAAAACAACACCAGCCCACACAGCUGACUGCUCAGGGCUCACAACAGUCGGAAGCCAUUCACCGAGCCAUUCACGUGCUCAUUGUAAUUAUCAGAAGGAGCAUGCAGUUUUAACUGUGUUUUACCUGUAGUCCAGGAGUGAUUAUUCUUAAAGAAAUUUCAUUAAAAUAUAAGAUAAAUUGUGAUUUCAACAUCGAGGAAGAACCGCGUUCUUUUUGGAAAGCAUUAAGGCUUUUUGUGUUCCUGUCAACUAUUGGGCAACUUGUCACUUUUCAAGACACCAGUUAUCAUCAGUGUUAUACUUUUUAUUUGUGACAACUACUGGCCUGCUUGCUUUUUAGUGAUGGAACCAAUGAAUAUUCCAAUAUCUCAGGAAAAACUCUUACAACUUGUUGACUGGGAUUUUUCAGUAAAACAAAUGGCAAAAUGGUUUGGUUUGUCCCACUGGACAAUACUCAGAAAACUAAAGCAAUUCAAAAUUUCUUGAAAGAAAUUUUCUAAUAUUGAUGAUUGUGACCUCAUGCAAGUCAUAGCAAAUGUCUUGGCUGAUAAACCAAAUAUGGGAGGAGAUGUAUAUCUGAGACACCACCUCAAAACAAAUGUAGGUGUCUUUGUCCAACGAUGGCGUAUAAGAAAAUGUGUUCAUGAAAUCUUUGGAUCCCAGCCAAGAGCCAAGAAUACAAUCAAGAGAAGACGUUAUCAAGUGCGAGCUCCGUUGUCUAUGGUACAUUUGGACACUCAUCAUAAACUCAUUAGAUGGAGGUUUGUUGUUGUUGGAGCAGUUGACGGGUUUUAUCGAAAAAUAUUUUGUAUGAAGUUAGACACCAAUAAUAAAGCUAAAACGGUCUUGAAGCAUUUUCUAACCGGUGUCAAAGAACUUGGUCUGCCAUCACGAGUAAGAACUGACAAAGGAAAGGAGAAUGUUGGUGUUGCUCAUUUGAUGUUCCUUACAAGGGGUGGUAAUCGGGCCAGUUUCAUCAGCGGUCGGUCAGUUCACAACACCAGAAUUGAACGAAUAUGGAGGGAAGUGUUACGUGUUGCCCUAUCCCCUUUCAGAGAAUUGUUCUAUCUUAUGGAAGGUGAAGGAAUCCUGGACGUUUCGAACAACAUGGACAUAUUUUCACUACAUUUCGUUUUCCGAUCCCUGAUUGAAAAAUCUUUAGAUGAAUUCUGUGCUAUGUGGGACUCCCACAAACUCCGCACCGAGGGUUUAUCUCCCAUUCAACUAUUCACUUUAGGAAUAGAAGAAUUGAAAAGACGAUCCUUGGUAGACGGGAAAAGCUAUACAGAAUUGCAGCAAUUUGAUGUCGACAUGCAACUUGUAAAUACCAUACAAAAUCAUUGCAUCAGAGGAGUUCGUGGUGUCAAAGUGCCUGAUAUUGUCUGUCCAUCUGAAGAUACCUUGGCGGAAUUGAGAAACCAUUUCCCAAUCACUAAAAUUACAUUUGAAAAUUCCGUAGAAACGUACCUUUCCUUCCGCUAUGUACUGAACGCAAUGAGUAACGUUUAGACGUUAUGUAUGGUACUGUUCUCAUAAUAUACGGGAAAUCGAUGAAAAA